CCAGCAAACAAACUCCGAAGCGACUGACGAUCAGAGGCGUCUUUCAGAGCGCAGCAGUUCGCCGACAAAUCCCCACUCCGACCUUCAAUCCCGAUCAUCAUUCAACGACAAUGUCGCUGAUGCGCCGCAGCAACGUGUUCGACCCCUUCUCCCUCGACCUCUGGGACCCCUUCCAGGGCUUCCCCUUCGGCUCCGGCAGCGGCAGCCUCCUCCCGCGCAUCUCCUCCGACUCCGACGCCGCGUUCGCUGGUGCGCGCAUCGACUGGAAGGAGACCCCCGAGGCCCACGUGUUCAAGGCUGACGUGCCGGGGCUGAAGAAGGAGGAGGUGAAUGUGGAGGUCGAGGACGGCAACGUGCUCCAGAUCAGCGGCGAGCGGAGCAAGGAGCAGGAGGAGAAGAACGACAGGUGGCACAGGGUGGAACGCAGCAGCGGCAAGUUCCUACGCAGGUUUAGGCUGCCGGAGAACGCCAAGACGGAGCAGAUCAAGGCCUCCAUGGAGAACGGUGUGCUCACCGUCACCGUGCCCAAGGAGGAGGUCAAGAAGCCCGAGGUCAAGCCCGUCCAGAUUACCGGCUAAAAACGAACGCGUCAUGGGGAUUCAGAGGAAGAUCCGAUUACCUGUGCAGACUACCGUCCGUCGUGUGUCUGUCGUUUUGAAGUUUCAGGGUGUGUAGUCUGGUUCUG